GAAAAUAUACUAUGCAUUUCUGCUAGUUUUUGAGAUAAAAUAUAGAAUAAACCCAAACUCUGAAGAGACAGAGCAGACCUUUUGGUCAACCUUCAUCUCAAGAGUUUUGUGACAGAAAAAAAAAUGUCUAGAGAUAUCUCAGCAGCUUUGGUCAAUGAACAAAGAAGAUCUUCUUGUAAUGGAGUUGUGAAAACGUUCCUACUUGUUUCUUUAGCCGUAUUAUUCACGGCAUGUUUUUACCAAUCAAUCCAACCUCCACCGGUUAAGACUUUCUCCGUUACUUCACCGAGAGUCAAACUAAGAGAUGGAAGGCAUUUAGCUUACAAAGAACAUGGAGUUUCAAGAGACAUAGCCAGAUACAAGAUUGUGUACAUUCACGGCUUUGAUUCAUGUAGACACGAUGCUUACUUCUCUAAUUCUAUAUCUCAGGGUCUUGUGGAGGAACUUAUGAUAUACAGUGUAUCAUUUGACCGACCCGGUUAUGGAGAGAGUGAUCCUGACCCGAACCGGACACCAAGAAGCAUAGCAUUGGAUAUAGAACAACUUGCUGAUGGGUUAGGAUUAGGACCAAAGUUCUAUGUCCUUGGCUUCUCCCUUGGUGGUCAAAUCACUUGGUCUUGUCUUCAUUACAUCCCUCAUAGGUUAGCCGGAGUGACGCUAGUUGCGCCGGUUAUCAACUUCUGGUGGAGAAACUUACCGGUCAACAUGUCAAAGGAAGCUUUAUCAGCUUUGCUACCUAGAGACCGAUGGGCACUUAGGGUGGCUCACUACAUGCCUUGGCUAACCUAUUGGUGGAACACUCAGAGAUGGUUCCCUGUCUUCAGUAUAAUCUCUGGAAACCGCGAGAUUCUUUGUCCUCAAGACAUGACCAUCUUGUCUAAACUUGGAUUCAAGCGGCCUAAUCAGGCACACACAAGGCAACAAGGAGAAUAUGAGAGCUUACACCGUGACUUGAUAGUUGGAUUUGGCAACUGGGAAUUCGAUCCUUUAGAUGUUCAAAACCCUUUCCCGGACAAUGAAGGUUUAGUUCAUCUAUGGCAAGGUGAUGAUGAUUGGUUCUUGUCUGUGAUGCUUCAACGUUAUAUAGUAUCAAAACUUGCUUGGAUUCGGUACCAUGAAAUAGCAGGAUCAGGCCAUUUCUUCUCGCUUCUUGAUGGGAAUGUUGAUAAGAUUGUCAAAACACUCUUAGUUGGUGGUUGAGUGUAAACCUUCUGGUCACAAGAGAGUUCAAUGCAAAAGCAUUUGCUUAUGUUCAUAUGUAAAAUGAAGUUAACAAUGUAUAAUGUUACAAGAAACAACACUGGAGAAUUCUCCA